AUGACAGAGCCCCAGCACAGCACAUCAGAUUUUGUUACAGAAGCACGUGACUCACUAGCUUCGGAACAAUUUAAUGUUAAUCCAGCCUUUUCUUCUACACAGAACAUCGAUGAUGAUGUAUCACAUACAGUUUUCAAAACAGGGAGAUUAACACUGCUACCUACGAUACUUCAACAAACAAAGGAAUCUGAAAGUAACAAUUCUUCCGCAGAAGAGACUCUAAUUCCAUUAAAUCAAGGUAGUUCUUUAUCUAACACACGGGAGCACUCGAGUAAAUCUGAUUGUUCUCCACAAAGUAAUUUAGCAAGUCGAUUCGCUAAUUUAAAAAUUGAUGAUGUUCACGAAAAGUCAAAUUCUAAUGAUGAUCAACAAAUUGGAGAGGAUUCCUUUGAUGUUUUCAUAUUAAACCAUUUCACUCAGUAUACCGGUCGCGAAGAUGUCAUUCAAUGGCUUGAUGACACUGAAGAAAAAUUCAAAAAGUUUGAUAUAGGUAGACACGCUCGAUUUGCUGCCAUAUCCUUUUUAGUGGCAGGCGAAGCUAAACGACGUUACAUUCGAUGUCGAGCAUCAAUAAGAUCUUUUGAUGAUUUCUACGCAUUUAUGCUAACGGAAUUCGAUUCUUCAUCUAUUUCCUCCUCAUCAGCUGCUACUCAUCAUGUUCGAUUCACGAAUGAUACUUUGCCAGAAAAGAAUAGUCAUACCUCUAUUGCCUCACCUCAUAAACAACUUUCAACUGACUUUAUGUCGGACACUUUCGAUCCAUUAUUUUCUUCGGUAACUACUUCAGUAGUCCAAAGUGAUGUUGCCGCUCCUACACACAGCAAAUCAGCUAUAAAUUCCACUAUUUCUUCUCAAGCUUCUUCUAAUUUUGAACUUGAUCAAACUCUGAAUGAUCUUCGUAAAGCUAUUGUAGGAGAUUUCAUCAAAAAUCCUAAGGUAUUCAAAGGCGGUAAAGACGAUGUUAAGAAAUGGAUCGAAAACAUCGAACACCUCUUUGAUUUAGCACACUUACCCGAAUCUAUUCGUUUGGAUCUAAUUUCUUAUUCGCUGCGCGGUGACGCAUUAGAUUGGUUUAAGAAUAAUCGUUCUUCAUUUACUUCGUGGACUCUUUUUGUUACAGAGCUGAAACGAGCAUUUACUUCAUCUUUUCACGAAGAACUAGCUUUCAAAAAGUUGGAGUCCUAUUCUCAAACAGAAACUCAAUCGAUUCGUAACUUUGUCAAUGAAGUAUUGAAGCUUUGUAAAGAAGCUGACCCAACCAUGAGUGAGGCUACGAAACUAAAAAAUCUGUUAAAUAAAACUAAGCCUUCUAUUCAAUAUGAGGUGCGCAAGAAAAAACCUCAGUCAACCAGCGAAUUUCUUGAGUUUGCGAAGGAAGCUGAAGAGCUUAUGCAAUUAUCAAAUUUACCUUUUCCUAGUGCUCUUGGCGUACCGCAUGAUUCGUUCUCGCCAUCUACAUCUACAUCUAUUGUUCCUUCGUAUUCUGCUUCCCAACAUAACUAUGGGUAUACAAGUUCUCGUAACUCUAAUAAUAGAAAUCAAGGUUCGAACCGUCGAAAUUUUUCUCCUCAACAACGGAAUUUUCCUUCUCAACCGAGAAAUUUUUCUAACUCAUCGGUUCCAGCAUCCCAGAGUCGGUCGACUCCCAACCCCAUUUUUUCACAACAGUCUCUGCCGCGUAAUUCAGCUCCUAUCUCUACUACUAGUAAUCCUCCUCGCCCUCUUAUGACACACUCCAAUACUAACAACACAACGCCCCUCCGGCAACCUACCGUUAAUGUUAUUGAUCUAGCUCAAUCAAUUGAUCACAUUGAUCUUAUAUCAAAUGAACUCUCAUCCGUUCUCUGUAGUCGUUACCCGGAGACAUCGAUAGAUGGUGUUGUCUCCGGGCAUGUUUUUUCAAACCCAUCAAAAUCUUCUCUAAUCUAUUUCACUGCUUAUGUCAAUCAACUUUCUACGCCAAUUCUACUUGAUACCGGAGCAACAACAACUUUCAUUCAUAAACAUCUAUUAGAACAAUUUCCCCAUUAUACGAUGAUUGACAGCACCCAUUCUUCCUUCGUUUUAGCUGACGGAGUCGCCCCGUUUCAUGUAUUAGGUACGGUCGUUCUAACUCUUCAAUUUGCUCACAUGAUGACUACAGUCACCGCUCAGAUAGCUGAUAAUCUAUGUACCAAUAUGAUUUUAGGCAUGGAUUAUAUAAAUCAGUAUAAUCUUAGCUUUAAUGUAGCCCGUCAAACUAUAUCCAUUGAGUACGAUAGUCAAAUUGCUACUAUACGUAUGGAUACAGAACACACAGUGAGAAAUGAUAAUCGUCUCGGCUAUAUCAAUUAUGGCGACACAUCUCGUUUCAUUCCUAUCAUCUUUCCCACUACUUCAGUAUCAUUCGAUGCUAUCAGUAUUCCUGAUACACGCACAGAUCCGUUGUAUUAUCCGGCCAAUGUAUCAGCUGCUUCUUCUUCUCAUGGUUCGACCAUAUCAUUUGGUCCGUACCAUCAUUCUUUUCCUUCUACUCACUCCUUCACCUGUAAUGCAAUUAAUGCACUACCCGAGUCGGUAGUAAAGUCUAUUGAUCAGUUAGUCCAAUCGAUCGAUGAUCCAUCCGGUCGAGACCAAUUAUAUCGAUUACUUAUUAAGUUUCCAUCAUCUUUUGACGUUCGUACACAUAAUAUUGCUAACACAUCUAUUCAUCAUGUUAUAAAUACAGUUCCGCACUCUCCACCCGCUUGUAAACCUUACCCACAACCUGACAAAGAUCACACCCUGUAUGAUUUAAUACAGGAAUUUUUACAGGCAGGUCUGAUCUCUGAAUCUCAUUCUCCCUAUGCUGCACCGGCCAUGCUUGUUAAAAAGAAAGAUGGAACCCAUCGAUUUGUGGUUGAUUACAAGCGAUUGAAUUUAGUUACGAUUAAGGAUUCUUCACCUUUACCUAAUAUGGAAGAAACGCUUCGUCAGUUAGGUACAGGUUAUCGUUAUUUUUCUAAAUUGGACCUCAAAUCCGGAUUUUAUCAAAUUCCGAUCCGUGACGAGGAUAAAGCCAAAACCGCAUUUGUUACGUCCUUUGGAUUAUUCCAGUAUAAUGUUCUACCUAUGGGUCUGAAGAACUCGCCACCUACCUUCCAAAAAGUCAUGACCGACACAUUGAAAUCCUGUCGUUCCUUUUCCUCGGUAUAUCUCGAUGAUAUCAUUAUUUUUUCUAAGUCUUUUGAAGAACAUUUAGCACAUUUAGAAAGAGUUCUUAUUGCAUUACAAGCUAAGAAUUUAGUUCUUAACCCUCCUAAAUGUGUUUUCGCUGCUCAAGAAAUUGAUUACCUCGGACACACAGUUAGCCAAUAUGGUCUUAAACCUCUGCAAGAACGCAUUGAUACUAUUUUAGCACUUAAAGAACCUAAAACUCUUGCUCAGGCUAAUAAGUUUAUCGGCUCUUUGAGCUGGUAUAGAAAGUUUAUUCCUGAUUUUGCUACCGUUGCCGCUCCUAUACACGCAGUCACUAAUCUUACUAAAGCAAAUCGACAUAAGUUUCACUGGAGAUAUGCACAAUCACAGGCAUUCACAACUCUGAAACAGAUGCUCGUUAGCACGCCACUUUUUCUUCAUUUUCCGGUUGAUGACGUUCCUGUAAUGUUGACAACUGAUGCUAGUAAUAUUGGUAUAGGUGGAGUACUACAACAGGAAAUCCAUGGUGAGAUUCAUAAUUUGUAUUACCAUUCUCAACUGAUGACUACAUGUGAACGUAAAUAUAGCACUAUAGAGAAAGAAGCACUCGCUAUAUACAAAUGUUUCGCACGCAUGCGUACAUUUUUGUUAGGUCGCAGCAUCAUUUUACGUACUGAUCAUUGUCCUCUUUGUCAUCUCAUGGAAAAAUCAGUACAUAAUGCACGUGUCGAACGUAUUACUCACCUUCUUCAGGAAUAUAAUAUCGAUCAAGUCAUACACAUCAAAGGCAGCGAGAACUGCCUUCCUGAUUUUCUUUCUCGUUAUUCUCCUGAUCCACAUGAUGAACUUUUCGAGAUCGAAUAUGGUCUAGCCAGUAAACAAGGUCUCCUUGCGGCAAUGACACUUCGAUCACACACUAAUAAGAAUAGGUUGACCUCUGAUGCGCAGACAAACGAUAGGGAUAAUGUCAGCGAAAGCGAUCCAGAUCAAAUUGUUUCUCCGCCAGUGUCACCUAAACACUUUUCCACUAAUUAUUUCGAUAUCAGUCAGCUACAAGCAGAACAACGAAAUGAUCCUGCUAUACAGACUAUUGUACAUCAACUUUCUGAUGGUGUACCGAAUCUCGAUUUUGUAUUUAAGGAUGACCUUCUCUAUAAGAUGAUCAAACCUUCGCGACAUUCUAAACGUAAAAUAGCAGUUGUCUAUUUACCUUUGUCUAUGGAGCCAUUCUUAAUUCGAGCGUGUCACGAUGAUCCUAUGAUAGGCGCGCAUUUUUCGUUUGAACGCACCUAUCGGAAGAUUAAAAACCUUUAUUGGUGGCCGUCUAUGAAAUCGGCUAUUAGACGAUACAUACAGUCUUGUCUAUUAUGUAAACAGCAUAAUAUUAGCCGCCUUAAGAAACCUGGUCAUCUACAUUCCCUUAAUCCACCUGAGGGUCCCUUUCUGAUGAUCGGUAUUGACUAUUGUGGUCCCUUGAAACCGACACCCCAUCUAAACGGUGCAAUUGUUCUUUCAACAAUUGAACGAGAGCGUGAAAGUAUUCGUGAUACUGACUGUACUAACCUAUCGGGUUCAUCUGGUCGUCCAAAAGCAAUUCAUACUAACAGAGCUAUACGUGUGAAUUCUUGA